AUGGAUGAGGUCCCGGGAAGAAGUAGCUCCGUGAGAGCUACAAGGAGCAUCUUUGGCGAAAGCAUCGGUGGGAGGAAGCCGGAGACGAACAGGGCAAGGAAUGUUCUAGGACAAGAGAAUUUGUCACCAGAGAUCAAGCAGCUAGCAAAAUCCAGCAUGGAUAAGCUGAAUGAACGCAAGGCCGCCGUGAACAGAGAAAGAGCCGGCGCUGAGUCCGAGCUGUCGAGGGCGCGCGCCAUGGUGAAGGAGCUGGAGCGCCAAAUCGAGCAGACCAAGGCCAGGGCGUCGUCCAAGAGGUCAGAGCCCCACGCAUUGCCGUCGACCAGGGCAAGCAAGAAGGGACCGGAUGCGCCGAGCUCUCAGGAGGAGCGCGACGCUGCCGAGUACACGGAGGUGUCGCGGGAGCUGGACCGUGCCAGGCGGGAGCUGCUCAGGCUGCGGCUGGAGUCCAACCUGCGCGCUGCCGACGAGAUGAAGCGGCUGGUGGACGAGGCGAACGAGGAGCACGUCCUGGUGGAGCUCGCGCGCAUCGAGGCCGAGCGGGAGCACCGCGAGAUCGACGCCCAGCGGCGUGCCGAGGCCGAGCGGUUCGCUCGGGAGAUGGAGGCCACCAGGGCCAAGAUCGAGGCGCUGCGGAAGGACGUGAACCGCGCGCGGGAGAUGGAGGCCAAGCUCGCCGUGACGAACGCCGACGUGGAGGUCCUGCAGGCCGAGAUGGAGCUGGUCCGCGCCAUGGAGAGGAACAGUGUCAAGAACGACGACACUGCCGGUGCGGAGGCUGAGGCGAGGCGGAAGAAAGAAGGGGAUCAGGACAAGGCACUGCUGCAGACCGCGGAGGCCGAGCUGGACGCGGCCAAGAAGGAGCUGGAGAGCAUCAAGGCCGGGAGCUUCCAGUUCAUGACGUCCAUGGACAGCGCGCGCACCGAGAUCAUGCGAGUCUCCGAGGAGGUGAACCGGCUCAAGGCGCAGGAGAAGGAGGCGGACGCGCAGGUGCAGCAGCUGAACGCCAAGCUGCUGAAGGCGAGGGCCCGGUUGGAGGCCCUCACGGCGACUAACGAGAGGUCCACGGCGAUCGUUUCAAAUAUGACGUCGGCACUGCAGCAGCUGCGGGACGAGAAAGAGGCGGCGAGGAAAGAGGAGGAACUGACCGAGCUUGAGCAGCUGUGCGUGCGCGCCGAGACCGAGAACGUGAACGCCGAGAUCGCCGUGACCGAGGCACGGAUACAGCCGUCUGUGAAAGAGCUCGAGGUGGCGAAGGCGGCCGAGGCCAAGGCGAUGAAGAAGCUGAAGGCCGCCGUGGAAGGCACAAUGCAGGCGAGGGCGUCACAGGGGUCGAGGACCAUAACCAUCUCGCGGUUCGAGUACGAGUACCUGAGCGGGCGCGCGGCGCUGGUCCGCGUGGUGGCCGACAAGAAGGUGUCCGCGGCGCAGGCGUGGGUGCAGGCGCUCAAGGCCGGCGAGAAGGAGCUGGCGGCGCACGCGGAGGCCGCGGAGCGCGUCACAGCCGAGCUGCGCGCCAGGGAGGCCGAGGCGGCGGCGGAGGCGGAGAGAGCGGCGGGCGAGCAGAAGGCGCUGGAACAGGAGCUGUACGACCUGAACGCGGCGGCGGAGCGGGACGGGCUGCUGUGCGCGUACCCGCGGCGGCGGUCGACCAGGGUGUCGGCGACGAUGCGAAGGGCGAGGGCGCGGCGGUCGUCCGUAUCAUCAUGGGCGGGGAUCCGGAACCCGCGGACGCCGUCGUUCACCAUCAAGAGGAAGAAGAAGGUGAUGCCCAGCCUCUUCAAGCUCAUCAAGCAGAGGAAAGACAACAGCGCGAGCUGA